GAACACGUUCGCCCGAACGCAAAUAGGCUCCAAAAAAUAGCGCACGCGAACCUGAACCUCCCCGGUGUCUGAUUGAUUGAUUGAUUAAUUGAUUGAUUGUUCGGUCGGGACCUCCGACGACGACGACGACGACGAUGACGGCGGAGAAGGUCUCGACGACGCAGGAGGUCCGGACGACAGAGGAGGUCCUGACGACGGAAAAGGUCCCGACGACAGAGGAGGUCCCGAUCGAGGAGGAGGAGGUCCCGACUCCCGACCGACCAAGAAGAAGAGGAGGAGGAGAGGAAGAGGAGGAGGAGAAGAAGAAGAAGAAGAAGAAGAAGAGGCAGGGGAGAAGAGGAGAAGGAGGAGGAGAAGAGGAGGAGGAGAAGAAGAAGAAGGAAAGAUGGCGAGGAGGAGGAGAAGAAGAGGAGGGGAAAAGAUGGUGAGGAGGAGGAGGAGAAGAGGAGGAGGACAAGAAGAAGAAGAAGAAGAAGAAGAAGAAGAAGAAGAGGAACAAAAGAACAAGAAGAAG